UAUUUAUCGUCAACUUGCCACUGGUUAGGGUUUGCAGGGCCAUUAUUCCAUCGGUUUCUUCUUCUGGGUGUGUUGCUUAAAUCUGUGGAAAGUUCAUUUUUUUUUUCGAUUUUCAUGUGACCAGGUUGUUCAAGAUCACUUUUUUAUUUUUACCCUUUUGGAUAUCGAAUUUGGGUUGCUCCCCUUUUGCAAGUUUAUGUUGUUGAGCUUUGUUUUUAGAAGGGUCUUUUGGGGCUAAUAAGGUUUGUGGAGAGAGAAGAUGGUCGUUGUGCUGAGCAUGAUUAUUGAUGGGUAGCAGAAGUAGAACGGUAAACGUUAACACUAAGGACACUAACAAGGUUCUGAACGGGAUGCCAAGCUACGCUCCUCCAUUGCCUUCUUCUAAUUCCAUAGCCAUGGAAGCAACUAAUGUUCAUCCUUCCCGCAUUUCUGAAUUUGGAACCCUGGAGCAAUCUCUUGGAUUUCGCGUUGAAGAUACCAUUAAUCUUAGCAGAAAUCCGAUGUUUAAUCAAAUGAAAUCAAAUAGCCAAGCUCUAGGUGCUGAUAUUCAAUUUGGUGCUUUAAAUAAGAUGCAGUCAAUUGCAACAUCAGAUAUAAACCUCUCUGCUGCUAUUGCUGGGUCUCAAGCAUUGGUAUUACAAAAAGAUUCACAACCAACUCUGGCUUCAACAUCUGCUGGUCGUGAGAACUGGGGAGAGACCAACUUGGCUGAUGCUAGCCCUAGGACUGAUACUUCAACAGAUGAUACAGAAGACAAAAAUCAAAGGCCUGAAAGGGGUGAAUCCAGUGGAUCAAAAGAUAAAUCAGAUCAAAAGACAUUAAGACGGCUUGCUCAAAAUCGUGAGGCUGCCAGGAAAAGCCGACUGAGGAAAAAGGCAUAUGUGCAACAAUUAGAGAGCAGUAGGUUGAAACUGACCCAACUUGAGCAGGAGCUCCAGCGAGCACGCCAGCAGGGAAUAUUUAUUUCAAGUACUGGAGAUCAGGCACAGUCAAUGAGUGGAAAUGGCGCUAUGGCAUUUGAUGUAGAGUACGCACGAUGGUUAGAAGAGCAUAAUAGACAAACCAAUGAGCUAAGGGCUGCAAUAAAUUCUCAUGCUGGAGAUAUUGAACUUCGAACCAUUGUUGACAAUUUCAUGACACAAUUUGAUGAUAUCUUCAGGCUGAAAGGUAUUGCAGCAAAAGCUGAUGUUUUCCACAUUCUGUCAGGAAUGUGGAAGACUCCAGCUGAGAGGUGUUUCAUGUGGAUUGGAGGCUUUCGCUCAUCCGAACUACUCAAGCUUCUUGAAAGUCAGUUGGAGCCUUUAACCGAGCAACAAUUGAUGGGCAUCUACAACUUGCAGCAGUCAUCCCAGCAGGCUGAAGAUGCUCUUUCCCAAGGGAUGGAUGCAUUGCAGCAAUCACUGUCUGAGACAUUGGCUAAUGGUUCACCCAGCACAUCAGGCUCCUCGGGAAAUGUGGCAAGUUACAUGGGGCAAAUGGCUAUGGCCAUGGGAAAGCUUGGUACUCUUGAUGGGUUUCUUCGCCAGGCUGACAAUCUGCGGCAGCAGACAUUACAACAAAUGCUUCGAAUAUUAACGACCAGGCAAUCAGCUCGAGCUCUUCUCGCCAUCAGUGAUUAUUUCUCACGGCUGCGAGCUCUGAGUUCUUUGUGGCUUGCUAGGCCAAGGGAGUGAAGCAUUUCACAGCUCCAUUAGUGGACUUCUUUCAUACCUGACCCCCUUAAAGACUGAUCGUUGAAUCUUGUGCUCUGAAUGAGUUCAAUGGAAGCUGGUGUCUUUUGACAAUGAAUUCCUCUAGAAGCCUAGUUGUGGUGCUAUAAACAUUAGAUGCUAUGAUUUUUCUACUCUGCCAACUGCUGCUGUGGUGCAACACUUUUCUUUAAGCUUUUGUGGUUUUAAAAUAGUCUCAAUAAUUUGAUUAUAUAGGUGUAUGAUAGAUAGAAGUUGUUGAAGGGGAAAAAUGUAGAAAUAGUAUCUGUAUUUUAGGUUAUAGCUGUUCAUUGUAUUUCAGAAAUCAGCUUUUAUUUGUGGUUGGUUGCAUAUAUGGCUCCAUGGUGUAUUUAUGUAUGUAUGUAUAUAUACGUUCUCUCUUGGUAUAUUAGAAAGACAUUACCAACUA